AUGGCUACUAAUAACACAUAUAACACUUACGAAUCCGGUAUUAAUAUCAAACCUCCAAAACCAUUAGAAGUAAACAGCAAAAAUGUUGCUCUAUCAUGGAAAAAAUGGUUCCAACAAUAUAAAUGGUUUGAAACCGCGUCUCAAUUGAAUAAAAAACCUGCUGAAAUACAAGUUGCUACUUUUAUGUCUGUCUUAGGACCUGACGCGGUAGACAUUUAUAAUUCAUUCACGCUUACUUCAGAAGAAAGCAAAAAUUUAACCGUUCUAACUACUAAAUUCGAAGAACAUUUCGCCCCCAAAAUAAGUAUCACCUUUGAGAGAUACGUUUUUAAUAAAAUGAUACAAAACGAAGAAGAGCCUUUCGAUGAUUUUUUUACGCGCAUAAAAAAUCAGGCUAAAAAAUGCGAGUUCGGUACAUUGCUAGAUAGCCUAAUACGUGACAAAAUUGUUGUCAGCAUCCAUAGUGACGCUAUUCGAGAAAAAUUAUUAGAAAAAGCAGAGGUAUCAUUAGAUGAUACAGUUAAGAUUUGUAGGGCAAGUGAAAUAGCGGCGAGUCAACUCAAAGAAUUACAUAGAAACGAAGAAACAGUACAUGCAAUUACUAAAUACAGAAAAAAAAACGAGAAAACGAGGAAGCCGAUAAAUAACCAAGAAGCAAAUGAAUUUUAUUGUCGAAGGUGUGGAACUACUCACUCACGAAAAAACUGCCCAGCAUUCAACAAAGUUUGCAACAAGUGUGGAAAAAAGGGUCACCUAGCCACGGUCUGCAAAACGAGAACAAAAAAACGAGACAGAAAAGUGCAUGAAAUUAAAAACGAAACAACAAGUGAUAGCGAAGAUAGUGAUAACAAUAGUUUACUAGUACUAUCAGUUGACACAAACAAAGAUGACAAAAAUAAUUACAUGGAAGAGAUAAUGAUCGAAAACAAAAAAGUAAAUGUUAAACUAGACACGGGUGCUCAGUGCAAUGUAUUGCCAAAAAAUGUAAUCGAUAAACUUAAGAAUGUAAAACUAAAUCAAUCAAAAACAAAAAAGCUAGUUUCAUUUGCAAAUGAUAAAAUCAGUGUUCUCGGUGAAGUAUCCCUAUGUUGUAUAGUGCGAAAUAUGAAACACAUGUUGUCAUUUAAAGUUGUUGACAAGGCCGUCUGUCCAAUUUUAGGUAAAAGUGCAUGCGAGAAAUUAAAGUUGAUAGUGCGGGUAGAAGAACUUAAAAUUGACGAAAAUAUGUUCGAAGGGUUAGGUUGCAUUAAAAAAUUUGUUUACGACAUUGAUUUAGUCGAAAAUCCAGUCUUUGAGAAUUAUGCCCCCCGAAAAAUACCACACGCAUUACAAGACGAUGUAAAGAAAGAGAUCGAGAGAAUGAUUCAAUUGGGUGUCAUAGAGAAAACAGAAGGUGCUACUCCAACAACCUCACCUAUGGUAAUUGUACGCAAGAAAGGGAAAAUAAGAAUUUGCCUCGAUCCUACCGAUGUAAACAAAAAUAUUGUAAGAAGAUUUCAUCCUCUUAAAUCCAUGGAUGAGAUUGCAGCAAAGGUUCAAAACUCCAAGUUUUUCACAAUCUUGGAUUGUAAACAUGGUUUUUGGCAAAUCAGAGUAACAGAUCGAACGAAAGGUUAUCUGACUAUGGCUACACCUUGGGGUAGAGUGUCGUUCUUGCGUGUUCCGUUUGGUCUAGCUUCCGCCCCAGAAAUCUACCAAAAACUCAUGACUGAUUUAUUAGAAGGCUGUGAAAAUACAGAGGUUUCGAUGGAUGACGUUUUAAUUCAUGCUCCUGAUGUCAAAGCAUUAAAUGUGCUUACAAAGAAAGUGCUUAAAAAGCUUGAUGAAGCAGGAAUAAAAUUAAAUAAACAAAAAUGCAUAUUUGCUACUACAAAAGCACGCUUUUUAGGCCACAUCAUCACAUCAGAAGGAAUUGCAGCAGAUCCCGAAAAGAUUGAGUCAAUAAAAAACUUAAAGCAACCAACAAAUAAAACCGAACUUCAAAGAUUACUUGGUAUGGCAACUUACUUAGGUAAGUUUAUUCAUAAUUUAUCCGAAAUUACAAAUCCAAUGCGACAACUUCUAAAAAAAGACACUCAAUGGCAGUGGAGUGCAGAACAAGAAGAAUCCUUCAAUAAGCUUAAGUCGUCUUUGUCAAAAACACCACUAUUAAGAUAUUAUGAUCCGAAUCUUCCAGUAAAGCUUCAAGUAGAUGCCAGCCAGUCGAGUGCAGGUGCCGUAUUGCUACAAGAUAACCAGCCAGUGGCGUAUACAUCGAAAGCACUAACAGAAAGGCAGAAAUUAGCUCCUCAGAUCGAAAAAGAAGCGCUUGCGAUCAAAUUUGCAUGUGAAAAGUUCCAUGACCUAAUAUUCGGAAAGCCUCUUACAAUCGAAAGUGACCAUAAACCUUUGGAAACGAUUUUUAAGAAGCCUAUACACAGCGCUCCCAUGCGUUUACAAAAAAUCAUGCUCCAAGUUCUUCAGUAUCAACCAAAUGUGGUUUAUUUGAAAGGCAAAGAUAUACCUGUCGCAGACACACUCAGCCGUGACUGUCACAACCCAAAAAAUACAGAAAAAGAUGACGAGCUAGAAGUGCAUGAAAUUCUACAAUUAACAGAUAUAACAAAAAAACGACUACAAGAUGCAUCAAAAAAUGACAAAAAUCUACAAAAUGUUUUGCAAUACGUAAAUUCCGAGUGGCCUGAUACAAUUCAAUACGUUCCGAACGAGAUUAAAAACUAUUGGACGUUUCGAGACUCGCUCAGCAGCAAUGAUGGUCUACUUUUUAAAGGAUCCAAAGUCGUCGUUCCAGAUGACAUGAAGAAGGAGAUGAUGCAUAAAGUUCACCAAGGUCAUUUUGGCAUUGAUCGGACACUCAACAGUGCACGCGAACAACUUUUUUGGAUCAAGAUGACGACCGAAAUCACGAAAUACGUUGAAUCCUGCAGUAUCUGUCAAAGUCAACAACGUUCUCAACCGAAAGAGCCAAUUAUUAUCAAAAAGAUUCCUAAGCUGCCCUGGGAGAUAAUUGCAGUAGAUAUAUUUUAUUUUAAAACUAAUGAAUAUCUUCUCGUUGCAGAUAGCUACUCCGGUUACUUUGAUUUUGUUAAGUUAAAGCAAUCAUCCAGCACAGAAGUCAUACUCCAACUCAAAAAGAUGUUUUCCGUCCAUGGGAUACCGUUUAUCUUAGAAUCGGACAAUGGUCCCCAAUUUUCCUCCAAAGAGUUUAAAGCGUUUGCCAAAAAAUGGGACUUUACUCAUCAGACCUCAAGCCCGAGGUAUCCAAAAUCCAACGGUCUUGCCGAGAGGUUCGUCCAGGUGGCAAAAUCCCUACUUAAAAAGUGCCACAAAGACCAGUCAGACGUUUAUCUUGCUCUACUCAACUACCGCAACACACCUCGAAGCAACGAUUUGUUAUCGCCCAAUCAACGUUUGAUGAGCCGAAGAACCAGAACAAAUAUACCAUCCAGUGAACAAUCGCUUAAACCUAAGGUUGUACAAAACGUACAACACAACCUCAUUGAAGCCCGGAACAGAAGCAAGUUCUAUGCUGAUAAAGGAAGUCACCAAAAACAACCCUUGCAACCCGGUGAAAAAAUCCGCAUUCAACAACCUAAUCGAAACUGGAUCUCUGGCACUGUUGUUAAACCAGCUAACACACCACGUUCGUAUAUGGUACAAACAGACGAUGGAUCAAUCUAUCGUAGAAACAGCAGUCAUUUGCAUAAGACCAGAGCCACCAUCGUUCCUCAAAAAGAUGUAAUGAUCGAUCCAACAGCUGAUAAAACAACAACAACAAGUUCUACAAGUUAUGUUGAACCAGCUCCAACGAAUACCUUAGGGUCUAAACCAUAUGUCACCAGGUCUGGAAGAACAGUGAAACCUGUUGUAAGAUACAAUCCAUGCAACAAAAUUUGA